AUGUGGAUGGCAGUGUUUGGUCGUGGACGAGUCCAAAAAGCAGGCAUGGCGGGCGGGCAGCAUGGCAACAAUGGCCGCCGCCGCCGCCUUCGCCGCUCAGCAAGGCCAGCAAAGCACGGUGCGACCAUGACGGGCUGUAGGCCUGCUCGUACCGUGGUUCGUAAGCUGUCGCAUGUCCCGAGCUAUGUCCUUCGCGAAGGACGCGACACAAGGAAGGACGCAGAGACGGCCCGUCGACGACUCAAGAGCCCCGAGGUGCUCCCACUAAGUACAGACACUACUGUGCCACUUCUGCGUGCAUGCGUGGGCGACGCCGCCGCCUCUGGCAGCUGCUUCUGCAACGACGGCUGGGAGGCGGCCGCGCGGAGCAGACUCGACAGACAAGCAGCGCUGGCUGGCACGGCGAGGCGGCCGCGGGCGGAGCUGGGAGUGCGAGGGCGGUGGUGA